CCAUUUACGUGUGUGCAGGCCAGCUGGGCUCUUGAAGAGCAGUCGCCCCGCUGCCCAGUCCGAACCCCGACCAGGCUAAACCUUCCUCCGCUCGGCCGAACAACAAGCCUCCGCAAGUGUUUACGGUGUGUAUCCGGCAAUAGAACAAAGCCUGAAGAAUCUGUAAAAUAAUCUUUGCCGGGGGAGAGUGUGCCGGCAGGGCCAUUGGAGUAUACGUGUGAGAGUGGUCAGUGUCGCGCGCGGUCCAUUAGUGUUCCCAAGUGCAAGCCAGUAUACCUUGAUGCAUUAUCGACCUUAACGUUUGGUUGGAGAGUGUCAGCCCCGAAACUUGGGGGCAAUGGGCGACAAUUUUGCCCCGAGCUUUACCCAAAAGCCUAAACUCCGCCAGGAGGAUGACGGCAACAAACUUAUCUUCGACUGCAAGCUCUCGGCCUCCCCACAGCCCUCCAUCGAGUGGUUCCGGGAGGAUACCCCGGUGAAGGAAAGUUCCAGGGUCAAGAUCACCGUUAAACCAGGCAAAGGAGGUAAUAUCCACGACGUCCAGCUCAUCCUUGACGACGUCGAGGAGGAGGAUGCCGGGCUCUACAAGGUUAAGGCUAAGAACAAGUAUGGCGAGGUGUCCGCGUCAAUCAAUCUCAACUUCAGUCCGAACGAACAGCCUGUAGACAUAAAACAAAUCGACGGACUGGCGCCCACCUUCGCCCAGAAGCCGGUCAUCAAACAGGAGGAAGGAGGCAAACAUAUCAAGUUCGAGUGUCGCAUCCUGGCUGACCCCAGACCCACCAUCACCUGGUUCCGUGAUGGACUCAAGGUGCAAGAGUCCGCACGGUGCAAGGUGACGACCGAGAAGGAUGAGAAGUCGUACUUCGUGACGAUGGCGUUCACCAACGUGACGGUGGAGGACGCCGGGAAGUACAAGGUCACCGCCAAGAACGAACUUGGGGAGAGCAAUGCCACUAUUAGCCUUAACUUCGACAGUUCCUUUAUGAUGCUCACAGCCGACGAGGUGCCGUCGCCCAAGGAAGGCGUGCGGCCCACCUUCACCGAGAGACCCUCUAUCAAGCAGAGUGAGGACGGCACGAGCGUCAUCUUCAGCUGCCGGUGUGUCGCUAACCCUCAGCCUACGAUCGUGUGGGAAUUCAAGGGGAAGAAGUUGCGCGAGGGGGCGCGACACAGGAUGAAGCUGGAGCCAGACGGGAAGCUGUACUACAUGGUCAUCCUCGAGGUCAACAAGGUGACCAAUGCCGACGAGGGCGAGUAUAGGGCCGUGGCCAGCAACAAGCUCGGGGAGGGCGUCGCUACCAUCAACCUGCACUUCGAAGGCAAAACAGCUUCAGACAAGCCGAAGAUCCCUGACGGCAAGGCCCCAAGAUUCCCGAAGAAGCCAGAAAUUCGCCAGGAAGGUGACAAACUGGUGAUGGAGUGUAUCCUGGAGGCUAAUCCUGAACCUGAGGUCACCUGGUUCAAGGGUACUGAGAUCAUACAAGAGCAGGGUCGCAUUUCUAUGUACAAGAAGAUCUGCGGGAAGGACCAGUUCAUCGUGUCGGUGACCAUCAUGAAACCCGAGGCGUCGGACGGGGGACAGUGGCGGUGUAAUGCCUUCAAUCCCUUUGGCGACUCCAACGCCAACAUCGCCCUUAACUUUGAGAAGGGCAAAGCCAUUCCAGAGGGCUUCGCUCCCACGUUCCUCGACAAACCCUCGAUCAUCCCUAACGAGUCUGGCACUAUGAUUACCAUGAAGGUUCGGUGCAAGGCCAAGCCACAACCAACGGUGGAGUGGUUCAAGGAUGGCAAGAAGCUGGAAGCAGCCAAGCGUCUCGUUAUCAAGGAACAUAAAGUCACCGCUGAGAUGUUUGAGUAUUCGUGCAUCGUUAAGGAUCCGUGUGGUGCUGACGCUGGCAAGUACAAGUGCGUGGCAAUGAACCAAUUUGGCGAGGCCACAGCCAACGUAAACCUAAACAUCGAGUCUGACCCGGAACCGACGGGCCAGGCUCCCGUCUUCGUGGAAAAGCCUACCAUCAAGUUCGAAGAGAAGGCUGGACGGGUGCUGAUGGAGGCUCUGGUGCGCGCAGAUCCCAAACCUACCUCCCGAUGGACGAAAGACGGCAAGGAGCUCGAUGUGGCAAGAGUAACAGCAACCGUCACCAAGGAAAAGGAUGAUUUGUACCGCAUUCGCAUGGAACUGCGGAAACCUCAGCCUACUGACGGCGGCGUCUACAAGUGCAACAUCAAGAACGAAUUUGGGGAGCUGAACGCUAAUCUCAAUCUCAACAUCGAAGUGGCGCCGACGAUCAAGAGGCCGCCCAGGAUUGUGUCGGUGUUCAACAGGAAGGUGGUGAUCGAGUGCGUGGUCAUCUCCACCUCCAAGCCCGCCUGCAGCUGGUUCAAGGACUCGUCCAAGGUCCGCCUCGACACUCGUCACUGCGUCAACAUCAAUGAGGAGGGAGAGGGCAAGUACGUGGUGCAGAUGGAGAUGCUGAAGGCUGAGAAGAUGGACUGUGGGUCGUACAAGGUGGUGGCCAAGAACGAGAAGGGGGAGACCACCUCGCAGGCCGUGGAGCUCACCAUGGACAUGCUGGAGGAGAAGGAGGAGAAAAAGAAGGAGGAGGUCAAGGAGGAGAAGAUGGAGCAACAGGAAGCAGCCCAGGUUGAGGAGGAGUCGAAGAAGGAAGAAAAGGCUGUCAAAAAGGAUAAACCUAAAAGGAGAGAAAUUAAAAAAGAGGAGGCUCCGGUGGACUUCACAAAGGUUCAGCUUAAAAAGGUCAAACCUAAAGAGGAAGAAGCCGCUGACGAGGCUCAACAAAUUGAGCUUAAAAAGAUCCCAGAUAAAGAGCAACAGGCCGUAUUAGAGGGUGAGAAAGUUAAACUAAAGAAGGUUACGGCUAAAGAGGAACUGACCAUUGAAGAGGCUCAGAAAGUUCAGCUUCAAAAGGUCGGAGCUAAAGAGCAACAGGCCGUGGAAGAGGGAGAGAAAGUUAAGCUCAAAAAGGUCAGAGCCAAAGAGGAACAGGCCACAGAGGAAGCUCAAAAAGUCCAACUUAAAAAGGUUGGAGCCAAAGAGCAACAGGCCGUGGAAGAGGGAGAGAAAGUUAAGCUCAAAAAGGUCAGAGCCAAAGAGGAACAGGCCACAGAAGAAGCUCAAAAAGUCCAACUUAAAAAGGUCGGAGCCAAAGAGCAACAGGCCGUAGAAGAGGGAGAGAAAGUUAAGCUCAAAAAGGUCGGAGCGAAAGAGGAACAGGCCGUAGAAGAGGGUGAGAGAGCUAAAUUAAAGAAGGUCGGAGCUAGAAAGGAAGAAGCGGUUGAAGAGGCUGAGAAGGUGCAACUGAAAAAGGUUGAGACUGUAAAGGUGGAAGCGAAGAAAGAGGAAGCAAGGGAGACCAAAAUGGAGUCCCUCCAGGAGGAGGCUGAGGAACAGAAACCGAAAAUCGUAGAGCCCAAGCCAUCGGACGCUCCUAAGAUAGAAGUGAUAAAGGACAAGUCCCCCGAGCGUCGUGGGUCUCUGGCCACUGGCUCAGGACCUCCCAGCAGGAGGGGCUCCCUUGUACCUCCUGAGGAAGGCGCCGGCGGACGCAGGCCCUCCCUGCUCAUCGCAGACGAGGAACAACGCAAAACACGCCCGGGAGAAGAAGCUGUGGAAUUCAAGGGAGGCCGCAAAUUACGUCCUGGAGAAGAAUUAGUAGGGGGCAAGGGGAAACUUAAACCCGGCGAGCAAGCAACCAAACAGCGUCGACGCCCUAGCAGUGAUGUGCGGAGACCGUCUGUGCAAGAUGACGAGAAGAUGGACAAGCCGUGUACCCCACUCCGCGCCGUCGGUAAGGAGGGUCCGCCAGUCAUCGUCGACGUCCAGCAGAAGUACACGGCAGUUGAGGACCAGAACGGCUACAUCGACCUGGUGGUGGAGGGCAUCCCGCCACCCACCAAGAUCAAGUUCUUCAAGGGCAUCACCGAGAUCAUCGAUGGCGGUCGCUACAAGAUCCACACGGAGGGCGAGACCAACACCAUCACCCUCUGCAUCAGGAAGACCAAGGCCAACGACGAGGGCCACUACAAGGUAAUCGUGGGUAACGAGCACGGCGAGGACUCCGCCGAGAUGGACUUCUACGUCUCGGAUGCCAGUGGCAUGGACUUCCGUGCUAUGCUGAAGAAAAAGAAGUACGCUAAGUGGAAGAAGGACAACGAAGAUCCGGACUGGGGCGAUCUGAAGGAAACAGAAAAGGAGGUGAAGCCUCAACUCCGCAAGGUCGAGAGGGAACCCACGCCAAGACUUAAGCCCCCGGAGCCAGGAAGCCGCAAGCCAUCGUUGUCUGAGAUAAUUCCCGACUGGCCAACCCUACAGGCCGUCAAACGCUCCAGGAAGCAGGAAAUGUGGGUCAAGCCGCUGCUCGACGUCACUGUCAAGGAGGGCAAGGACAAGUUCGCCAAGUUUGAGGCUGAGUUCUCCAAGAAGGACUCCAAGCCCAAGUGGUUCUUCAAGAAGGAUGAGCUGUUCACAGGAGCCAAAUACAAGUUCAAGUCCGAGGGUUGUGUACACACCCUGGUGAUCACCAAGCCCACGCUAGAUGACAUGGGCAAAUAUACAGUGGAGUGCAUGGGCAUCGCCUGCUCCUGUAUCCUCACUGUCCAAGAACCUGACCCGGACUUCAAGUUCGUGCGGCCGCUGCCGAAGAAGAUCUCGAGCUACACCACCAAGGACGCCACCCUCGAGGCGCAGGUCAACUCCCACAAGGCCAUCGUUCACUGGUUCAAGGGAGAAGAGAAGAUUGAGGAGGACGAGAAGUUCGAGACGUACAAGGACAUGACCGGCACCGUCCGCCUCACCAUCAAGAACGCCAGCAAGAAGGACAAGGGCAAGUACACCGCCAAGAUCUUCAGGUGUGAGAAGGAGUUCACCGAGACUCUCCUCUCCAUCGUCGACCAGCCCUUCAAGUUCACCAAGCAGCUCAAGUCCAAGACGGUCACAGAGAACUCUAAGGUCAUCCUCGAGUGCGACGUUGACGAAGCCGAGGCCGAAGUAGAGUGGUUCUACGGCGGCCAGAAACUGACUCCUGACAGCAAGAUCUUAAAGAUCAUGAAGGACGGUAAGAAGAGACAGUUGGUCUUCAAGAGCAUCUCCAUGGACGACGCUGGUAACUACUCCUGCAGGACCAACGCUGAUGAGACCACCUGCGAGAUUAUUGUUCAGUAUGAAAACAAGUUCAAGAAGAAGCUGCAGGAUCAGAUGACCUACGAGCGGCAGCCAGCGACGUUCGAAGUGGAGUUGGUUGACCCGAAUGCGCCCCUGCAGUGGUUCAUAAACGGGAAGGAGGUGACUGAAGGAGACAACUAUGAGUUCCAGAAGAAGGGCGGAGUUCACCGCCUUAUCAUCAAAGAGGCCGCCACAGCCCAUGAGGGCGAGAUUAAGGCGGUGUGCGGGAACCUGGAGACUGCUUGCCAGCUGAGCGUGGGUGAAGGAGAGAAGCCACCAAGCAUCAAGCCAGAGGAGCCCAUUGAGGGACCAGUGACCAAACCACUCGUCUUCGAGGUCCCAUACACAAUUCCCGGCGCAAGGAUUUCCAAGGUGGACGCCAAACUAUUGAAGGACGGCAAGCCCAUGAAUGUGAAGGAGGUGGAGGUGAACAUCCUAGACAAGAAGGUGAUUUACACCUUCAAGAAACCCAGCAGGGACCAGUCCGGCAAGUACACCAUCAGGAUGUCCAACAAGGCCGGCGAGAGCAGCAAGGAGGUCAAGAUCAACAUGCAGGACAGGCCUUCUCCUCCUACUAAUGUUGAGGUGUCUGAGAUCUUCUCCACGUCGUGCCUUAUAACCUUCGGGCCGCCGAAGGACGAUGGCGGUCUGCCUCUAACCUACUACAUCAUCGAGCGCCAGGACUUCUCCGUCAAGGCGUCACAUCCGAGAAUCUGGGAGCGAACAGGCGGGUGGGCGCAGGUGGCUGAGAUCCCCGCUGACGAACCUCUGCGCUUCAAGAGCGAGGACCUGGAAAACAAGAAACAGUACAAAUUCAAGGUCACCGUCAGCAACAAGCUGGGACCCUCCGAUCCAUUCAUUCACCCGAAGGUGAUCCUGGCCAAGGAUCCUUGGGACGAGCCGGGUAAGAUCUUGCACGUGGAGGUCAACGACUGGGGUCCAGACCACGCUGAUCUCCGCUGGUCCAGACCGGAGACCGACGGCGGUGCUCCCAUCACCGGCUACGUUAUCGAGUUCCGGGACCGGUUCUCAGACUGGGCCAAAGGCAUAGAGAUCCAGGGCGACGUGACAGAGGGGACCAUCCCUGACCUGAAGGAGGGCAACCAGUACGAGUUCCGUGUGAGGGCCGUCAACAAGGCUGGACCCGGCGAGCCAUCAGAUCCAACCAAACCCAUUCAGGCUAAGCAUCGCUUCGUGAAGCCGUUCGUGAUCAACAAGGACGAGUUCAAGAACAUUGUGAUCAAAAAGACGCAGUUGUUCAAGCUGGACGUGAAGUACGGCGGUGAGCCUGAGCCGCGAGUCAUCUGGAAGAAGGACGACAAGGAGGUGAUCCCUGACGAGGAGCAGAGGAUCACCAUCGAGCAGUUCGAGAGGAACACAGUCUUCACGCUGAGGAAGGGCGUCCGCUCCGACACCGCCAAGUACAAGCUUCAGCUCGUCAACUCUGUGGGCGAGUGUGAGGAGGAGGCGGACGUGGUGGUGCUUGGCAAACCCACCAGGCCCGAAGGCCCGCUCUUCCCGGAGGAGAUCCGCGCCGACCACGUCACCCUCAAGUGGAAGAAGCCCCUGGACGAUGGCGGCCUGCCCAUCGAGGGCUACGUCAUCGAGAAGAUGGACAUGGACACCGGGGCUUGGAUCCCGGCUGGCGAGGUGGGUCCUGAAAAACAGGAGUUCACCGUUGACGGCCUGACGCCCAAGAAGAAAUACAAGUUCCGGGUGAAAGCUGUCAAUAAGGAGGGAGAAUCUGAACCCCUGGAGAACGAUGAACCUAUUUUGGCUCGCAACCCCUACGACGAGCCAUCCCGUCCGGGCAAGCCAGAGAUCAUCGACUACGACAACACUAUGGUCGUGCUGCGAUGGACUCCCCCAGAGUCGGACGGUGGCCGGCCCAUCACUCACUACCACAUCGAGAUGAAGGACAAGCUCUCGGUGGAUUGGAAGGAAGUGGUUCAGACCAAGGACACCAACUGCGAGGCUCAGGUGCCCGGCCUCAAGGAAGGAACCGUGUACAGCUUCCGUGUCAAGGCCGCCAACAAGGCAGGUAUCGGAGAAGCUUCGGAGCCAACUGACAACCACCUCUGCAAGCACAAGAACCGCAAGCCUCGUAUCGACCGUACCAACUUCAAGUCGGUGACCAUCAAGGUGGGCCGCAGUCACAAGUGGGCAGUGGAUUAUGUGGGCGAACCUGAUCCCGACGUGACGUGGUCCCGAGGGGAGAACGUCCUCUCCAACACCGACAGGAUCCACAUUGAGAACACCGACCACCACACCGAAAUCUCCAUCACCGACGCCACCAGGAAGGACGCCGGUCUCUACACUCUCAAAAUCGAGAACCGCAAUGGCCAAGAUAGCGAGACGGUGGAGCUAGUGGUUCUGGGUAAGCCCAGCAAGCCCAAGGGUCCUCUGGAGGUGUCCAACGUGCACGACACCGGCUGCAGACUCAAGUGGGAGAAGCCCGAUGACGACGGAGGCAUGCCCAUCAAGGAGUACGAGGUGGAGAAGAUGGACCUGGCAACUGGCAAGUGGGUCAGAUGCGGCAAGUGCCCCGGAGCUCUGGCUCCUCCAUACUUCAACGUGGAGGGCCUCGAACCCGGACACCAGUACAAGUUCCGUGUCACUGCUGUCAACGACGAAGGCGACUCUGAUCCACUGGAGGCUGACGGCGCUAUCCUCGCCAAGAACCCCUACGACGUGCCCACUGCCCCGGGUCGCCCCGAGAUCGUCGACUACGACAACAAGUCGGUGGACCUCAAGUGGACGGUGCCGGAGUCCGACGGUGGCGCCCCCAUCAUGAAGUACAUUGUCCAGAAGAAGGACAAAUUCAUGCCGGACUGGGAGGUCGCCGCGGAGCUGAAGCAGGACGUGAUCCAGCCGCUGAAGCCCGGCACGCCCGUAGAGACGAAGGUGGGCGGGCUGAAGCACCGGGCCGAGUACCAGUUCAGGGUAGUGGCCGUCAACAAGGCCGGCAACUCCCCAGAGUCUGAGCCGACUGACUACCAUCUGGUCAAGCAUAAGGCUCUUAAGCCCCGCAUUGACCGCACCCACCUCAAGCAGACGACCAUCAAGGCUGGCCGCAAUGUCAAGUUCGAUAUCAACAUCGAGGGUGAACCUCCUCCAUCCGUCCAAUGGGUUCUCAAGGAGCAGGAGGUGAAGGAUAGCAACAUUGAGAUCGUCAAUGUGGACUACAACACCAAGUUCAACAUGAUAGACGCCAAGAGGAAGCAGACGGGGACCUACAAGAUCAUCGCCACCAACAGGCACGGCAAGGACGAAGCCGAAGUUGAGAUCGUCGUUCUAUCCGGCCCCGGUAAGCCCAAGGGUCCCCUCAAGGUGUCCGACGUGACCAAGAAGAGCUGCAAACUCAAGUGGGACAAGCCAGACGACGACGGCGGCAAGCCCAUCCAGGAGUACCUGGUGGAGAAGCAGGACCCCACCACCGGACGCUGGGUCCCCGUCGGCAGGACUAAGGACCUGGCGAUGGACGUGCCCGGGCUACAGGAGGGCAAGGAGUACAACUUCCGCGUCAAGGCCAUUAACGACGAGGGAGAGUCCGAGCCUCUGGAGACCGACCACUCCACCCUCGCCAAAGAUCCCUAUGGUCCCCCGGGAAAGCCUGGCAUUCCGGACAUCGUUGACUGGGACGUUGAUCGCGUUGACCUCAAGUGGGAGGCGCCGAAGGACACCGGCGGUGCGCCCAUUACCAAGUACAUCAUUGAGAAGAAGGAGCGUUAUGGCACCUGGGAGACCAUCCACGAGUCUGAGGGCCCCAAGACCGAGUGCCGAGUGCCAGGCCUGAAGGAGGGCAACACCUACCAGUUCCGAGUGGUGGCUGUCAACAAGGCCGGCCCCGGCGACCCCUCCGAUCCCACCAAGCCUCACCUCGCCAAGGCCAGAUUCCUAAAACCUCUCAUCAACCGGGAGAAGUUGAAGAAGAUCACGACCCGCGCCUCCCAGAAGGUCUUCCUCGAGGUGGACGUGAAGGGUGAACCUCCUCCAGAGAUCUGGUGGACUCUGAAGAACAAGAAGGUGGAGACUGGACCCAACUACGUGAUCCAGGCGGAGGACUACCUCACCAAGUUCACCCUUAACGACGCUGAGAGGAGGCACACUGGCAUCUACAAGAUCCACGCCAAGAACGACUCCGGCUCUGACGAGGCCGAGUUGGAGAUCAUUGUCUUGGACCGACCUGGCAAGCCCGAGGGACCUCUGGAGAUCUCGGACGUGCACAAGGAGGGCUGCAAGCUCAAGUGGGAGAAGCCUAAGGACGAUGGCGGCCUGCCUAUCACCGGCUACGUCGCUGAGAAAAUGGACGUCACUUCCGGAAAGUGGGUUCCCUGCGGCCGCACCGACGGCGACGCCACCGACCUCGAGGUGACGGGUCUGGAGCCCGGCAAGAAGUACGAGUUCCGGGUGAAGGCUGUCAACGAUGAAGGGGAGUCUGACCCUCUGGACGGCGACCGGGCCAUCAUCGCCAAGGACCCCUUCGACAAGCCAGGACCUCCCGGCUUGCCUGAGAUUGUCGACUUCGACGAGAACAGCGUCAAGUUGAAGUGGGACCCUCCCAUCCGUGACGGUGGCGCUGAGAUCACAGGCUACGUCCUGGAGAUGAAACCCAAGAACGCUGACAACUUCGUGGAGGUGGGCAAGGUGAAGGGCAACGUGUGCCAGGGCCCCAUCACCGGGCUCAAGGAGGGAGAGAAGUAUGAGUUCCGAGUGAGAGCCGUGAACAAGGCAGGGCUGGGCGAGCCUUCAGACUCCACACUCCCACACACCGCCCGCGCCAAAUUCCGGAAGCCGCGCAUUGACCGUACCAAUGUUAAGGAUGUGGUGAUCAAGGUCGGCCAGCAGUAUCUCUAUGAUAUUGAUGUGAUCGGCGACCCUAAGCCUACCAACACUUGGACUCUCAAGGACAAGCCCUUGCUCUCUAUCCUUGGACAGGAGGUGGUGACGAAGGACCAGCUGCGCGUCGACUCCUCCGGCAACAACACCAAGCUGCUCAUCAUGAAGGCGCAGAGGAAGAUGUCUGGCAAGUACGUCCUCACCGCCACCAACGAGCACGGUGAAGACUCCGUCAAGAUCGACAUCACCAUCCUUGGUCCCCCGAGCAAGCCCAAGGGCCCGCUGGAGGUGAGCGACGUCAAGGCCAACGGAUGUAAGCUCAAGUGGGAUAAGCCGGAAGAUGACGGUGGCCUGCCCGUCGACCACUAUGAGAUUGAGAAGCUGGACCCGAUCACCGGUCAGUGGAUGCCGUGUGGAGAGUCCAAGACCCCGGAGUUCGACGUCACAGGGCUGCAGGAGGGCAAGAAGUACAAGUUCCGCGUCAAGGCCGUCAACCCCGAGGGAGAGUCUGAACCGCUCGAGGCCGACAAGGCCAUCAUCGCCAAGAACCCCUUCGACCCGCCCAGCAAGCCCGGCAAACCCAAGGCUACCAACUGGGACCGGGACUUCGUGGAGUUGGAGUGGGCCAAGCCUAAGGACGACGGUGGGGCCGAGAUCACCAAAUACAUCGUCGAGAAGCGGGACGUGACUGGUCGUGGGUGGACGCCCUGCGGCAGCGGACCUGGGAACCGCACCUCUAUCCGCAUCACUGACGUCGAACCUGACCACGAGUACCUCUUCCGGGUCGUCGCCGAGAACAAGGCGGGACCCUCCGAGCCCUCUGACGCCUCCGACUCGGUCAUCUGCAAGCCCAGAUUCCUGGCACCGCGCAUUGACCGCAAGAGUGUGGGGCGCAAAACCAUCCGGUCUGGCAUCACCUUCAAGAACGAGUCCAAGGUGGAGGGUGAACCCGACCCCAAGGUGACCUGGAGCCUCCAGGGCGCACCCAUCAAGAACGAGCGGGUGACCAUCACCAGCGAGGACCACCUCACCACCAUCGUCAUCAGGAAGGCCAAGCGCUCCGACACCGGCGUCUACAAGAUCUUCGCCAAGAACGACUCCGGCACGGAUGAGGCCGAGCUGGAUCUUAUCGUGAUUGGCAAGCCGGGCAAGCCCAAGGGUCCGCUCAAGGUGUCUGACGUGACGGCCGAGUCUGCCAAGCUCAAGUGGGAGCCUCCGGAGGACGACGGUGGAGAGCCCAUCGACCACUACGUCGUGGAGCGCAUGGACACGGAGACCGGCCGCUGGGUGCCUGUGAAGGAGACCAAGACCCCCGAGGCUGAGGUGCCAGGACUGACGGAGGGUAAGGACUACCACUUCCGCGUGAGGGCCGUUAACUCUGAGGGCGAGUCAGAGCCGCUGGAGACUGACACUGCUACUAGGGCGAAGAACCCCUACGACCCACCCAGCAAGCCUGGCAAGCCCGAGGUGAAGGACUUCGACCGUACCUGGUGCGAACUGAAGUGGAAGGCUCCUGAGAGCGACGGUGGCGCCCCCAUCUCCCAUUAUGUCAUCGAGCGUAAGGACAAGUACGCCGCUAAGUGGGUCAAGCAUUGUGACACCAAGAGCGACAAGCCUGAGUUCAAGGUCAAUGACCUUACUGAAGGCGAGACUUAUCAGUUCCGCGUCAAGGCCGUCAACAAAGCUGGCCAGAGCAAGCCUUCUGAUGCUUCAGACAACUUCACCGCGAAGGCCAAGUUCUUGGCUCCUGUGAUCGACCGCACCAACCUGGAAAACAUCACCGUCCGUGCUGGUCAAAUGAUCAAGUUUGACUGCAACGUGACUGGCGAGCCGAUACCCAAGAAGACGUGGUUCAUCAACAAGGCGCGACAGGACAACGACCAGCCGGGCAUCAAGAUCGACGAGGAGGACCACCGCACUAAGAUUGUCAUUGCCAGCUGCACGCGCGCCCACAACGGCACCUUCGUCAUCAAGGCCGACAACACGGCCGGCCACGAUGAGGUCACCAUCGAGGUAAUCGUGCUCGAUAAGCCCGGAAAACCAGAGGGUCCACUAAAAGUGUCAGACAUCCACAAAGAGGGCUGCACUCUGAAGUGGAAGGAACCCCUUGACGAUGGCGGAGCGCCCAUCGAGCAGUACAUCGUGGAGAAGAUGGACACCGAGACUGGUCGGUGGGUACCGGUAGGCAGGUCCCGAGAACCAACAAUGGCUGUGGAGAAUUUGGAGCCCAUGCAUGAGUACAAAUUCCGUGUCUCGGCCAUUAAUAGCGAAGGCGAGUCUGAACCUCUGGAGGGCCUUGAUACCAUCGUGGCCAAGAACCCCUUCGACCCGCCCGAUCCACCAGGCAAGCCUGAGGCCACUGACUGGGACAAAGACUUUGUAGAACUGAAGUGGACCAAGCCCGCGAAGGACAAUGGGGCACCCAUCACUGGCUACAUCAUUGAGAAGCGUGACGAACUCACUGGCAAGUGGGUCAAGGCUGCGGAGGUGAAGGGCGACACGCCUAAAGGUCGAGUCAAUGACCUCGACGAGGGAGAGACUUACGAGUUCCGAGUCCGGGCGGUGAAUGAGGCCGGUCCGUCUGACCCAUCAGAAGCCAGCCUUCCUAUUACCUGCAAGCCCAGGAAAUUGGCGCCCAAGAUCGACCGCCGCAACCUUCGGGAUCUGACGGUACGCGAGGGAGAGCCCAUUCUCCUGGACGUGAAGGUGAUUGGUGAGCCUCCGCCAGAAGUCGAGUGGUUCCAUGGCAAGAAGCCCAUCAAGGAGACCAAAGACUUACGUGUUGAAAAUGUGCCGUACAACACCAAGUACAUUAACGACGAGCCUCUCCGCAAGCACUCAGGUGUCUACAAGAUCGUGGCCACGAACCAGCAUGGCCGUGAUGAAGCAGAGAUCACCAUCACUGUCAUCUCCAAGCCCGGCAAGCCAGAGGGACCAAUUGAAGUGAAAGACGUCCACAAGGAGGGAUGUAAGCUCAAAUGGAAGCCGCCAAAGGACGAUGGCGGUUCUCCCGUCGAAGGCUACGUGGUGGAGAAGUUCGACCCCGACAUGGGCCUAUGGCUACCAGUAGGCAAGACUUCCACACCUGACAUGGAGGUGACGGAUCUAACUCCUGGCCACGAGUACGAGUUCCGGGUAAAGGCUGUGAACAAGGAGGGCGAGUCGGAGCCUCUGGUGACCCUCUCACCCAUCCUGGCGAAGGAUCCCUUCACCGUGCCCGGCAAGCCAGGUGCUCCAGAAGCCACCGACUGGGACUCCAACCAUAUUGACCUCAAGUGGUCCAUGCCCCUGGAAGAUGGUGGUGCCGCCAUCUCUCACUACAUCAUUGAGAAGAGAGACAAAUACACGAACCUGUGGGAGAAGGCGUGUGAGACGCCGACGCCGGAGUGCAAGGGCACCGCCACCAACCUCAUCGAGGGAAUGGAGUACCAGUUCCGCAUCACCGCCGUUAACCGUGCAGGAGCUGGAGAACCCAGCGACCCCAGCAAGACUAUCAUCGCCAAGCCCAGAUUCUUGCCGCCAAAGAUCGACCGCAAGAACCUGCGUGACGUCACCAUCUCCGCGGGCUCCAUGCUCAAGUACGACUGCGACAUUUCUGGCGAACCUCCUCCAACUGCGUCCUGGACGUACGAAGGCCGUAAGCUGGAGGCCAGCAGGCAUGUCACCAUCGCAAAUAUCGACUACAACUCUAAACUGGUGAUCCGCGAUACCGUGCGUGCGGACUCUGGCGAGUACGUCAUUACCGCCACCAACAGCUCCGGCAAGGACCAGGUUACCGUCAGGGUGACAGUCACGGACAAGCCCAGCCCACCGGAGGGACCCAUCAAGGUGUCGGACGUCCGCGGGACAGGUUGCAAGCUCAAGUGGAAGCGCCCCAAGGACGACGGUGGCACUCCCAUCGAGUACUACCAGGUGGAAAAGCUGGACCCCAACACAGGGUUGUGGGUGCCAGCAGGUCGGUCGGCCGGGCCGGAGCCUUCAGUGGAGCUGAACAACCUCAGCCCAGGCACCGAGUACCAGUUCCGUGUGAGAGCCGUCAAUGCUGAGGGCGAGUCAGAUCCUCUCAACGCCGAGGAAUCUGUUCUUGCCAAGGAUCCUUAUGAGGAACCAGGCAAACCCGAGAACUUGAAGGUUGCUGACUACGACCAAAACAAAGUGGACCUCAAGUGGGAGCCUCCCAAGAGCGACGGUGGCGCUCCCAUCCAGAAGUACAUCGUGGAGAAGAAAGACAAGUACGGAGGGUGGGACAAGGCAUGUGAGGUGCCGGCCAACAAGACCAGUUGCUCUGUACCGGACCUGAUCGAAGGAGAGACGUACGAAUUCCGUGUUCGCGCCGUCAAUCCAGCUGGCCCAGGCCUCCCGUCUGAUGCCACACAUCCUGUCACUGUCAAGCCAAAGAACAUGCCUCCUAAGAUCGACCGCACCAACUUGAUUCCCGUCAGGGUCAAGGCCGGCCAGAGCUUUGUCUUUGAUGUCAACGUCUCCGGCGAGCCUGUGCCAGAGAAGAAGUGGUUGCUGAAUAAGAAGGACAUCAAGCCUAGUUCCGUGACCAACAUCAGGUACAAUGACUACAACACAAAGCUCCGCGUCACGGGUGCCACCAGGGAGCAGAGCGGCACCUACACCAUUGUGGCAGAGAAUGCCAAUGGCAAGGACUCUGCUGAUGUCGAGGUCAUUGUGCUCGAUAAGCCUGGCACUCCACAGGGCCCACUGAAGGUCUCUGAAGUAUACGCCGAGGGCUGUAAACUAGACUGGAAGCCUCCUGCCGACGACGGGGGCUGUCCCAUUGACCACUACGUCGUGGAGCAGCUCGACGAAGCCACCGGCCGGUGGGUCCCAGCAGGCGAGACCGCUGGCAAGGAGACCACCUUUGACGUAGAGGGCCUCACCCCAGGUCACAAGUACAAGUUCCGCGUCAAGGCUGUCAAUCGCUUGGGUACUUCCGAUCCUCUGGUUACUCAGCAGGCAAUCGAGGCCAAGAAUCCAUUCGAUCCUCCAAGCUCGCCGAAGGACGUCAACAUCGCCGACUUCGACUGCGACUUCGUUGAUCUUGAAUGGAAGAAGCCCGAGACGGACGGCGGCGCACCCAUCACUGGUUAUAUCAUUGAGAAGAGAGACAGAUACAACCCGUUGUGGGACAAGUGCGCCACGGUGGACGGUGACCAAUGCAAGGCUCACGUUCCGGACCUGCUGGAGGGCAACGUCUACGAGUUCCGGGUGGUGGCCAUCAACAAGGCCGGCCCCGGCGAGCCCUCCGAGCCCACCAAGCCUCAUGUCGCCAGGCCCAAGAACCUUCCUCCUCGCAUUGACCGCAAUGCCAUGAUGGAUGUGAAGGUUAAAGCGGGAGAUAACUUGAACCUGCCGGUGCCAGUUGUGGGAGAGCCACCAGCCACUAAGCAAUGGAGGGUCAGGGAUAACGACCUUUAUCCAUCUGAUCGCCUCUCUAUCAUUAACGAAGACUACAUGACCACUAUCAAGAUCACGGACUGCAAGCGCUCGGACAGCGGGGCCUUCACUCUCAACGCUCGCAACAAGAAUGGUGAAGACACCUGUACCGUCAACAUCACUGUCCUGGACGUGCCUGGGGCUCCCGAAGGACCAGUCAAGUUCUCCAACAUUAACCGCAAUGGCUGCUCCAUCGCCUGGAAGCCACCCAAGGAUGACGGUGGCUCCGAGAUCACCAGCUACGUCGUUGAGAAGAUGGACAUGGAAACCUACCGCUGGGUACCCUGUGGAGAAGUCAAGGACACACACUUCCAAGUGGACAACCUUAUUGAAGGACACGACUACAAAUUCCGUGUGUCAGCCGUCAACCGACAAGGUCAGGGUCCACCAUGUACUGGUGUGGACACCAUCACCGCUAAAGAUCCAUACAGCAAACCUACCAAACCUGGAACACCAGAGGUUAUGGACUGGGACAAGGAUCGUGUCGAUCUCCAAUGGACAGAACCUCGCUCUGAUGGCGGUGCACCCAUUACUGGCUGGAUCGUCGAAAAGAAGAAGAGGUUUGGACCAUGGGAGAAGGCCCUCGAGUUGCCAGCCAAGCAUGGACCCAAGGCCUCUGUACCUGAUCUUACUGAGGGUGAGGAGUAUCAGUUCCGUGUUAUUGCCGUCAAUAAAGCAGGAAACUCUGAUCCUUCUGAUUCCUCACAACCAGUUGUCUGCAAGGCUCGCUUUGAGAAGCCGGGUAUUGACACAAAGGAUCUGGAGGACCUUAUCAUCAAGGUCAACACGCGCCUCAACUACACGGUGCCAAUUCGUGGAGCUCCGAGACCCAAGGUAUCCUGGACCGUCAAUGGUUCACCGGUCGUCGAGUCCGAACGAGUGGACUUGCAGACCUACGGCAAGCAGACUAUCUUGGAUAUUCCCUUCGCUCAGCGCACUGACAGUGGUCGCUACACCCUGACCCUGGAAAAUGACCUUGGCAAAGUGUCUGCUUCAGGCACUGUGAUCGUCCUUGACCGGCCAUCUCGUCCUGAGGGCCCACUGAACGUGUACGAUGUCACACGAGAGAGCUGCAAGGUCUCCUUCAAGACACCAAUCGAUGACGGUGGCUCUCCCAUCUUACACUACCUGGUAGAGAAAAUGGACGUAUCUCGCGGCACUUGGACCGAGGCAGCUGAAGUAGCAGGUCUAGUGGCUGAAGUCCACGGCCUCGUUCAUAUGAAGGAGUACCACUUCCGCGUGAAGGCUGUCAAUGCAAUCGGCGAAUCCGAACCUCUCUGCACUGAUAAGAGCAUCAUUGCCAAGAAUGCCCAGGAUGAGCCAAGCCCACCCGGCCGUCCCAACGUGGUGGACUGGGACAGUGAUCACGUGGACCUGGAAUGGACUCCUCCAGCGCACGACGGUGGCGCGCCAAUCACUGGCUAUCUCAUUCAAAAGAAGGAACGCGGCUCACCAUACUGGCAGACAGCAGCCCGUGUGAGUGGCCCUGAGACCAAGGGCACAGUGCCUAACCUGACGGAGGGACAGGAAUACGAGUUCAGAAUUAUAGCCGUUAACAAGGCUGGUAACUCGGAACCAUCUGAACCCUCAGACGCGGUUAUCUGCAGACCCAGGCACCUUGCACCCAAAAUUCUUGGUCCUCUGUAUGAUGUGCGCAUCAAGGCCGGCCAGGUCCUACACGUUGACGUGGACUACAUUGGUGAGCCACAACCUGACGUGUUCUGGUUCAACGAUGACAAGGAGCUACAGAUUGAUAUGCGAACCACCAUCACAGCCAUCAACAACCACAGUGUCUUGCAUACCGUCAACACGAUGCGCAACGACUCCGGCGAGUACCGCAUCAGGGUCAAGAACGAGAGUGGCCAGGACGAAGCCACCUUCCAGGUAAUUGUCCUGGACACCCCAGGCGCCCCCGAGGGUCCUCUGGUGUACGAGGAGGUGCAAGCCAACAGCGUCGUCAUGUCAUGGAAGCCUCCAGUGGACGACGGUGGCAGCCCCAUUACUGGCUACGUUAUUGAGAAGCGCGACAUCUCGCAUGGCGGAGGCUGGGUGCCAGCAGUGAACUGGGUGGACCCCAAGCAGAACCACGCUACGGUGCCCCGCCUCCUGGAGGGCACACAGUACGAGUUCCGUGUGAGGGCCGAGAACAUGCAGGGCCGCGGAGAACCUCUCGAGUCUGACAGACCAGUCACGGCCAAGUCUUCCGCAGACGUGCCUGGAGCGCCAGGCCGCCCGAGCUGCACAGACUCCGACAAGGACUUCAUCAAGAUCGCAUGGGCCCCUCCACGGUCAACUGGCGGCUCUCCCAUCACUGGCUACGACGUUGAGCGCUGCGGCAUCCACUCCGGCCGAUGGAAGAAGGUCAACCGUGACCCCGUGCGCACCACAGAGUUCGUGGACGACUCCGUCAACGAGGGCGAGCAGUACCAGUACCGCGUCGUUGCCAACAACAAGAUGGGACCCUCGAACCCCUCAGAUCCUUCGCAAGCCAUUACGGCCAAGCCCAUGCGCGAGGCGCCCAAGCUGUACCUGGACGGUCUGCUGGGCAAGAAGCUGAAGGUGCGUGCUGGCGAGCCCAUCGAUAUCAAGAUCCCGCUCUCAGGAGCCCCGCAACCCGUCUGCGAGUGGUCCAAGAAGGGCAAGAAGCUGGAACCCAGCAAGAGAACUUCGAUGGAGACGACGAGCGACCAUUGCCGCUUGUUCGUGGACAAGGCCCGACGGGAGGACUCUGGCACCUUCACCAUCACCGCCGAGAACCCCUAUGGCAAGGACUCCGCCGACAUCGAGGUUAUCGUGGUGGACAAGCCAGGACCUCCUAUUGGCCCGCUGACGCCGACGGAGGUGACGGCGCACACGGUGUCCCUCUCGUGGAAGCCGCCGCAGGAUAAUGGCGGCGCUGAGGUGACAGGCUACGUGGUAGAGAAGACCGACGCCAACUACGACAUAUGGAAGGUCGUGCCAGGGUACUGCCCCAAGCCCAACUUCACCGUCAAGGGCCUGGAGGAGGGCAAGAAGUACCGGUUCCGUGUCCGCGCCGAGAAUAUGUACGGCGUGUCCGAGCCCCUGGAGGGCAAGCCGGUGGAGGCCAAGAACCCCUUCGACCCCCCCGAGGCCCCCGACAGGCCGGACAUCGUCGACUACAGUCCUUCCACUUGCUCGCUGGAAUGGAAGCCGCCUACCGACACCGGUGGUCGCCCCAUUACCGGCUACAUCAUCGAGAAGCGAGAGCGUGGAGGAGACUGGAUAAGGGUGAACCACUACCCGACCCCCAACACUCAGUACACGGUGCAGGGACUGUCAGAGGGCAACCGCUACGAGUUCCGUAUCAUCGCUCUCAACGAGGCGGGUCCUGGCAAGCCCAGCAAGCCUUCCAACUCCAUCGUAGCCAAGGUGCCCAAAUACCUGCCUGGACCACCAGACGCACCCAGACCAGACCGUAUUGGCCGCAACUGCGUCACCCUAUCCUGGCGACCACCAAGCCAGGACGGCGGCGCCAAAAUCAGAGGCUAUCUGGUGGAGUACAGACAGAAGGACGAGGACGAGUGGCAGCCGGCUAACAGCCUUCCUCAUCCUGACACUAAUUAUACUGUACUCGGCCUCACGGAGCUCGAAGAAUACUACUUCCGUGUAAUUGCCGUCAACGAAGUGGGUCCCUCGGCUCCAUCCCGACCUUCUGCUCUUAUUAAAAUUGAAGAGCAGGCCAAUAAGCCUCGCAUCGACCUUAGUGCUGUGCGUGACAUCACGGUUCGGGCUGGUGAGGACUUCUCCAUCCACGUGCCGUACACCGGCUUCCCGAAGCCCACAUCUACCUGGUAUCACGAUGAUGAGGAUAUCAACAUUGGGGCCGAUCCUCGAAUCCACGAGAAACUCACCGAUGAUUACUGUGCCAUGAUUGUCACCAACGCCCAGCGCUCAGACACUGGUCCAUACAAGCUGAGACUCCAGAACCCAUCUGGUUUUGACUCUGUGUCACUGAAUGUACGCGUUCUCGAUAGGCCGGCGCCACCAGAGAACCUGCGCGCUGAUGAAUUCAACGGCGAUGCCCUCACCCUCUUCUGGAACCCACCCAAGGACAACGGAGGCGCCGAGAUCACCAACUACGUGGUGGAGAAGCGUGAAGGCCGUGGCAACUGGACCAAGGUCAGCAGCUACGUCACUGCACCCUUCCUCCGUAUCCGUAACCUCGUCGUGAACAACGAGUACGACUUCAGGGUGAUGGCGGAGAACCAGUACGGCCAGUCCGACCCUUGCACCUCGCCCACUCCCAUCAGGGCCAGGCAUCCAUUUGACCCUCCGGGCGCCCCAGGAGCCCCUCGAGGACUGGAAUCCACCGAGGACUCCAUCACCAUCCAGUGGUCGAAGCCUCGUCACGAUGGCGGCUCCCACAUCCAGGGCUACGUGGUAGAGAAGCGUAUCGUCGGGGACAACACCUGGACGAAGGCCUCCCACGCCAUGGUCAAGGACACCACCUACCGCGUUAUCAACCUCACCGAGCACCAGGAGUAUGAAUUCCGCGUCGCUGCCAUCAACGCCGCCGGCCAGGGCCCCUGGAGCGACCCCAGCGAGAACAUCAAGUGUAUCAGUUUCCGUGCUCCCAAGAUCACUUCUGAUCUCAGCAUCCGUGACAUGACGGUGAUCGCCGGCGAGGAGUUCACCAUCACGGUGCCCUUCAUUGCCUCCCCGCAGCCCAAGGUCCAGUGGUGGAUUGGACCCAAUGAGGUCAUCCCCGACAACCGUGUCCAGUUCCAUAUGGACAGCAGCAACAACUCCACUGUGUUCGUCAACAAGAGUGCCAAGCGCUCUGAUAUCGGCAAAUACACCAUCAAGCUCACUAACAGUGAAGGGGCAGAUUCCGGCUCAUGCAAGGUCAAUGUGGUGGACAGACCGUCUCCACCCCAAGGCCCUCUGGAAGUGUCCGACAUCACUCCCGAUACUUGCUCCCUGGCUUGGCGUCCUCCCCUGGACGAUGGUGGCUCACCCAUCACCAAUUACCAGGUGGAACGUCUCGAACCCGUCACCGGCAUGUGGGUUAAGGUAUCUGCAUUUGUUCGCUCUUGCCACUACGAUGUGAUGGGACUUGAGCCUAACAGGAGCUAUAUGUUCCGCGUACGUGCUGAGAACCAGUAUGGCCUUUCAGACCCUCUGGAAACCCUGGAUCCCAUCACAGCCAAGUUCCCAUUCACUGUGCCCGAUCCCCCAGGUCGCCCCAACAUCCUGGACCACGACAUCAACUCUGUGGUUCUUACCUGGGACCGUCCGGCUUCCGAUGGUGGCUCGAAGAUUCAGGGCUACAAGGUGGAGUACCGCGAUGUCACCGACACCAACUGGGCCGCCGCCAACGACUUCCUGGUUAAAGAGACCACCUACACUGUUCACUCCCUGCUAAUCAACCAUGAGUACGAGUUCCGUGUCAAGGCUAAGAAUGCUGCUGGCUUUAGCAAAUAUUCUCCACCUAGCAAAAAGAUCAAGAUGAAGGGUAAGUACUCAGUACCUUCUCCACCUGGUACACCUGUUGUCACUAAGAUCGGCAAGAACUACGUUGAUCUUAAGUGGAGCGUCCCAGAAAGUGAUGGAGGUUCCCGCAUUACUGGCUACAUGAUAGAGAAGCGUGAGCUUGGCAGUAUCUGGAUGAAGUGCAACGACUACAACAUUGUCGAUACUCAGUACACUGUUCUUAAUCUGACAGAAGGUUCUGAGGUUGAGUUCCGUGUAUAUGCCAUCAAUGCAGCCGGCAAAUCUGAUCCAUCACAGAGUGCUCAACCGGUUAAGAUCCGUGAGGCGGCUCCAGGAGAAAAACCGUUCUUCGUCAAGAACUUGCAGAACACUGCAGUAGCCUUACACAAGUCAGUCACCCUGGAGUGUGAAGCUGAGGGUAAGCCAACACCCACCGCUCGCUGGCUGAGGAACGGCCGCGAGGUCACACUUGGUGGUCGCAUCACCUCAGAGGAGAGUAAAGGUAAAUUCAAGCUCUUUAUCUCUGACAUGUGGGAGGUGGAUGAGGGCGACUAUGCCUGUGUAGCAGCCAACGACGCUGGCCAGGCCACUUCUAUCGCCCACGUUAAGAUUGGCAACCCUCCUCGCAUCACUCAGAUGCAAGAUGCGCUCUACCUGCCUGAGGGCGACAACACCAAGAUCAAGAUCUACUUCACUGGUGACUUGCCUCUCGAUGUUACACUCUCCCAGAAUGGUUUGCCUGUGGAGGAGUCUCAGCGUCUCAAGUUCACUGUCUUCGAUGAAUUCAUAAUCAUCUUCAUCAGGGAAGUGGUGAAGCAGGAUGCUGGCCAGUACACACUCACUGUCAAAAACGACUCUGGCUCUGUCACUGGUAACUUCAUCGUGUACAUCACAGGUGUGCCAGGUGCCCCGACCGCCCCUCUUGAUGUUACUGACAUCAGUCGCCACAUGUGCAACCUCGCCUGGCGACCUCCCGUCUAUGAUGGCGGACUGCCUGUCACUCACUAUGUAGUUGAACGCAAGGAUAUCACGUAUGCCAACUGGAUAACCAUUAAUUCCUUCUGCAAGGAUUGUUCAUUCACCGUUCAGGGCCUUACUGAGGGACAGGAAUAUCUGUUCCGGGUGAUGGCUGUCAACGAGAACGGCAUGGGUCCUCCUCUGACAGGCGUAAACCCCAUCAAAGCCAAGGCUCCUUACGACCCACCAUCCCCACCAGGCACCCCCAACGUCACAGAAGUGGGUGGCGACUUCGUACACCUGGAAUGGGACAAACCUGCUCAUGAUGGUGGCUCUCGCAUUAAGGGCUACUGGGUUGAAAAGCGGGAGAUUGGUUCUAACAUCUGGACAAUGGUGAACCAGUACAUCUGCUUGCCAACACAGAUCAAUGUGUCCAAUCUCAUCGAGGACCGCCAAUAUGAGUUCAGAGUGUUUGCAGAGAACGAUGCUGGCAUGUCCGAACCUUCCACAUGUUCAACCUCCGUCAGGAUCAAGGACCCCAACGCCGCUACUCCACCAGAGAUUAUAACACCUCUGCGCAACGUGAUGGCUCUCCAACACAGAAGUGCCACACUCACCUGCCAGAUCGCUGGCAAACCCAGACCCAACAUCUCUUGGUUCAAGGGCAUGCGUGAGCUGUGCAACAGCGCCAAGUACGCCAUGAACCGUGAUGGGGACACCUAUACCUUGACGGUGCACGACGUCUACGGUGAGGACGAAGACGAGUACAUGUGCCGGGCGCAGAACUCAGGUGGCAUCAGAAGCACCAAGGCAGAUAUCUCUAUUAAACUGGCGCCGAAGAUCAACGUUCCUCCCAGGUUCCGUGACACUGCCUUCUUCGACAAGGGUGAGAACGCUGUCAUUAAGAUUCCGUUCAUUGGUAACCCACGCCCACGCAUCACCUGGCAGCGGGAGGGCGAGACCAUCGAAUCUGGCGGUCACUACUCGGUGGAGACGCAGCAGAGGCACGCAAUCCUAACCCUGCGGGACGUCACCAACCUCGACACUGGCAAUUACAGGCUCACGGCCGAGAACGAACUCGGCUCCGACUCUGUUAUCAUCAAGAUUCAGAUCUCAGACCGUCCAGAUCCUCCACGCCUGCCCAAGGUGGAGAGCAUCCUUGGUACCGAAUGUGUACUCACCUGGCAGAUUCCCCUCUGGGAUGGCGGAGCAAAUAUCAACAAUUAUAUCAUCGAAAAACGCGAGCUUCCUAUGGAAUCGUGGAUCAGAUGCUCCAACACCCGCCUCACCACCGCCCAGAUCAAGGGCUUGAGUCCUGGGCACAAGUACCAGUUCAGAGUAUACGCCGAGAACGUCUACGGCCGCUCCGACCCGUCCGCUGUCACUAGUGUGGUGGAGACGCCGGCACCUCUCACCAAGAAACCCAAGAAGAAGGUCUACGAGGUGGAUGAGACUGGCAAGAAGAUCCGCGGUAGGAAGGAAUCUGUUGAUGAUUACGACCAGUUUGUGUUUGAUGUUUACUCUAAGUACGUGCCACAGCCUGUCGAUAUCAAGCAUGACUCUGUCUACGAAUACUAUGACAUCUUGGAGGAGAUUGGCACAGGCGCCUUCGGUGUCGUUCACCGGUGCAGAGAACGCAAGACGGGCAACAUCUUCGCUGCCAAGUUCAUUCCUGUUGCAUCAGCCAUGGAGAAGGAGCUGAUCCGUAAGGAGAUUGACAUCAUGAACCACCUUCACCACCCUAAGCUUAUCAACCUUCACGACGCCUUCGAAGAUGAUGACGAAAUGGUUUUGAUCUUCGAAUUCCUAUCUGGAGGCGAGCUGUUCGAGCGGAUCACGGCCGAGGGCUACGUUAUGUCCGAGGCUGAGGUCAUCAACUACAUGCGGCAGAUCUGUGAGGGCGUCAAACACAUGCACGAGAAGAACAUCAUCCACUUGGACGUUAAGCCCGAGAACAUCAUGUGCCAGACCAAAACCUCUACCAACGUCAAGCUCAUUGACUUCGGCCUCGCGACCAAGCUCGACCCCAACGAGGUAGUGAAGAUCUCGACGGGAACGGCGGAGUUCGCGGCGCCCGAGAUCGUUGAGAGAGAACCCGUGGGCUUCUACACAGACAUGUGGGCUGUAGGUGUUCUCGCUUACGUCCUCCUCAGCGGCCUUUCGCCCUUCGCUGGCGAGAACGACAUCGAUACCCUCAAGAAUGUCAAGGCCUGCGACUGGGACUUCGAUGAAGAAGCCUUCAGCAAUGUGUCCAACGAGGCCAAGGACUUCAUCCGCCGUCUGCUCAUUAAAAACAAAGAGAAGCGCAUGACCGCGCACGAGUGCCUGAUGCACGCUUGGCUCCGGGGUGACUACUCGCCCCGUCUGGAGCCCAUCGAUAUGAUGCGUUACAUUCCCAUUCGCGAUAAAAUCCGCGCCAAGUACAAGGAGUGGGCCAAGUUCCUCCUGCCCAUCGGUCGUCUCGCGGAAUAUUCCUCGCUCAGAAAACUACAUCUGGACAAAUAUAGGAUACACGACACGCACUUCGACCGACGUCAAUGCGCGCCCAGGUUCGUCAUCCGGCCACAGAACGCCUUCACCUACGAGGGCCAGAGUGUCAAGUUCUCGUGCCGCAUCGUGGCCGUGGCUGCCCCAACAGUCUGCUGGUUCCACAACAACAUGGAACUCAGACAGUCUGUCAAGUACAUGAAGAGGUACUCUGGCGAGGACUACUCCUUUGUCAUCAACCGUGUCAAGCUGGAGGACCGCGGCGAGUAUAUCAUUCGUGCCGAGAACCACUAUGGCGCCCGCGAGGAGCCCGUCUUCCUCAACGUCCAGCCUCUACCGCCGGAGGCGCCACCGUACAGACCUCAAGAACAGAUCAUCCGCCGCCGACAGCCACUCACCUACAAGCUGUGGCAGGAGGAGGGUGAGGGCGCUCCAAGCUUCACCUUCCUUCUUCGUCCUCGCGUUAUCCAGUGCCACCAGACUUGCAAACUUCUAUGCUGUCUCGCUGGCAAGCCCGUCCCCACUGUCAAGUGGUACAAAGGUUCUCAGGAGCUCUCCAAAUUCGACUAUUCCCAGAGCCACGCCGACGGUGUGGUUACUAUCGAAAUCGUCAACUGCAAACCCGCUGACUCUGGCAAAUACAGAUGUGUGGCUACUAAUUCACUGGGCACGGACGAAACGUCUUGUGUCGUCAUAGUUGAAGGCGUCGGAGAUCGAACCCAAGAACAGAAGACGCUGAUGACUAAUCUGAAAUUCUCAGACCGAAGGUACAUCGAGACGACAAUCAAGGACUUGCCUCCACCGCCCACGCCAGCCAUCAGAGUAGACGACACCAGUUCCUCCAGCUACUUCACCUCCACACACAAGUCGGCUGCGACCAUAGCCGUGACCAGUACGUCGAUCCGUCAGGACGGCCGCUCCAGCACCUCCACCAAGGUGGAAGCGGCGUCCUCCUCCUCCACCUCCAGCGCCGCCGCCUCCGGGGCCAAGAGAACUCUCAAACCCUACGGCAAGAGGCAAGACUCCACGGGCUCCACCUCCAGGUCGCGCUCCGCCACCAAGGAACUUGAGCUGCCCCCUGAUGACUCCUUGAUGGGUCCGCCCGGGUUCUCUGGCGAGCUGCCCAAAACUCUGGCCAUUAAGGAUGGUGAAGCCUUGUGUCUUAAGUGCACUGUCAAGGGUGAUCCAGAACCUCAGGUCUCUUGGUUCAAGGACGGUGAACCUCUCAGCUCUUCCGAUAUCAUCGAUCUCAAGUACCGCCAGGGUCUAGCGUCUCUCACUAUUAACGAAGUGUUCCCAGAAGACGAAGGACUUUAUGUAUGUAAGGCGACCAGUUCGCUAGGGUCCGCCGAGACCAAGUGUAAGCUCUCCAUAAGUCCUAUGGAGCAACAGAUUAACGGUAAGAGCGGUCGGGGCGACAAACUGCCCAGAAUCACACAACACCUCUUGUCUCAAGAGGUCCCAGACGGCACUGCUCACACACUCUCCUGCAAGAUUGGCGGAGCCACCAAAUUCGACGUUGUGUGGCUUCACAACGAGAAGGAGAUCAAACCAUCCAAAGAUUUCCUAUAUGUGACCGAAGGAGACACCUACCUGCUCAAGAUCGCCGAGGUCUUCCCCGAAGACGCCGGGACAUACACUUGCGAAGCUUUUAACGACGUGGGCGAGACUUUCAGCACCUGCACACUAACCGUGAUCAUCCCAGGAGAGGAGAAGAAGCAACCGGCCUUCAAGAAGUUCCCAAGGUCACAGACGGUUAUGGAAGGUAAGUCGGCCACCUUCAGCGUCAAGUUCGAGAAGGACCCGCUCAAGGUGUCGUGGAUCAAGGAUGGCAAACCGGUAGACGAGAGUUCACCACGCUUCAAAUUCCAGCAGGAAGGCAAAAAGGAAUUCUCGUACGAGAUCCCCAGUUGCCUGCCGACGGACGUUGGGCAGUACGUGGUGAAAGCCACCUCGAAGAAAGGCGACACGACCGCUGCCUUCUCCCUCAACGUUCACACCUCCGACGACCUGUGACUUGUCCCCUUCUCCUCCCCCUAAGACUGGACCACGUGGCCGCCAUAGUCGCGUGAGUGUCGGUAUGCUCCAGACACCACCCGACUGACGAACUCCAGGACCACUCAGCGAGCCUAACCUGGCUGAGUCGGCCCUAGAGCUAGCAUUUUCAUCGUGUUAUAGUGACUGUGUGCAUGUUCGCUUCUGUGCUACAUGUAUUUUUCCUAUGAGAUGAUUUAUUAUUAAUACAAUUAUUAGCUAUAUAGCAAACCUAUUGGUGUGGAAGAGAUGUGUCUGAGGCGAGAAAGAAUUGCCAUCAUAUCAAAGUUUUGUGGAAAUAUGUGAACUAGAUGUAUGUAUUCAGUUUUGUGUCGAAUUCACAGCAUUGUAAAUUGCUCCUGUACUGGGAACUCCAUGUAUUGUUACCGAGGACCGAGCGAGAGCUGAGAGAAUCUGCGCAUUCGCGAAGAGAUGAACUCUGCACGCGCACACGAGGCUCCAGUACACCUACGGCUGUGUCCCUCGCAGUUCCUGCUGACCUCGGUCCACUGUUACAUAUCUUUUUAACCCCUUUUGAUUCUUAAUAGCGUUUUGUUCACAGUCUUUAUUAGUUUGCCGUAAUCUAACCUCGGAAGGAUGGGGCAACCCGCUCUUGUAUGGGUUGGAAUUGCACCACAACUCAUAUGACUGUGGAUUGUCACCCUUACCGCCUCUCCGAAUGUCUCCGUCAAUCAACGCCUCUUUCUCUCUUUACAAAGUUCCCGCCAUGUUCUCGUCGUUGUACGUCAUCAGCCUAACCACCAAUCAUAUAGGUCCCUGCGCUGUGCCCCUUACUACGUCAUCAGUACAUGAACCAAUCACAAUACACAACUACGAUGACAUGGUUGCCAAUAGCAACAUGUGUCAGCUUAUCAGCUGACUGACAAAGUACGGGACAGCGCGCUCAGAUAGCACAUACGAUAACUGUAUGAGAAUUGCCAUUGUAACUUGUAUAAGGCUUUUACGCGAGAAAUAUAUGUGAAUUUUAUUA